AUGGCGGAUAAAAAUCAGGCGGCCAACCAGCCGCCGAUUAAAAUUGGCCACUACAGCCUGGGCGAGACUCUCGGAGUGGGCUCUUUUGGAAAAGUUAAAACUGCGGUGCAUCAAAUGACGAACCACAAAGUGGCUGUGAAGAUACUGAAUCGACAGAAGAUAAAGUCACUGGAUGUUGUCGGCAAGAUUCGCCGCGAAAUACAAAACUUGAAACUCUUUCGACACCCCCACAUUAUCAAGCUCUAUCAAGUUAUCAGCACGCCAACAGAUAUUUUCAUGAUAAUGGAGUUUGUGUCUGGUGGCGAACUGUUUGAGUACAUUGUCAAACACGGCAAGCUCAAGGAAUCCGAAGCGCGGCGAUUCUUUCAGCAAAUCAUCUCCGGUGUGGACUACUGCCAUCGCCACAUGGUGGUGCACAGAGAUUUGAAGCCAGAAAACCUGCUCCUCGAUCAGAACUUAAAUGUGAAAAUUGCCGACUUUGGCCUCUCCAACAUGAUGAUGGACGGAGAGUUUCUACGCACUAGCUGUGGAUCGCCCAACUAUGCCGCCCCUGAGGUCAUUUCGGGAAAGCUGUACGCUGGUCCAGAGGUUGACAUUUGGUCAUGUGGUGUGAUACUUUACGCGUUGCUUUGCGGCACGCUACCUUUUGAUGAUGAGCACGUGCCCACUUUGUUCCGCAAGAUUAAAGCUGGAGUUUUUGAUAUUCCCGAGUAUCUCAACAAAUCAGUCGUCAGUUUACUUGUUCACAUGCUUCAAGUUGACCCGAUGAAGAGGGCAACAAUGGAGGACAUCAAAAAUCACGAGUGGUUCAAAAAGGAUUUGCCCGGAUACCUAUUUCCAAGUCCAACUGGCAGUGAUGCGUCCUUUAUUGAUAUUGAUGCGGUCGAUGAAGUUUGCGAGAAAUUCACCGUCACUGAUAAGGAGGUUCAGCACGCCCUACUGAGUGGCAAUCCGCAUGAUCAGCUGGCCAUUGCCUAUCACCUGAUUGUCGAUAACAAGCGGAUUGAGGACGAGACGUCGAAACUGGACCUGAAAGACCUGCACAUUACCUCCAGCCCACCGCCGUUUUUCGACAAUAAUCUCCCUAAACCUGGACGGCAGCGCAUUCUCAGUUCGGGUAGCUCUGGCCCCGAGCGCCAACGCACACUGAGCGGCAACAGUGACAAGAAUCGUUCCACGCCAAUGAAGAAGGCCAAAUGGCAUUUGGGCAUUCGAUCUCAAAGCAAACCACAUGAUAUCAUGAACGAAGUCUACCGGGCAAUGAAGUUGCUGGACUUUGAGUGGAAAAUAGUGAAUCCAUUCCACGUGAGAGCGCGACGAAUCAAUCCCGCCACUCAGAAGUAUGUGAAGAUGGCCCUGCAACUGUACCAGGUAGACUACAAGAGCUACUUGCUUGACUUCAAGUCAUUGCCGUCGGAUGAAGACGGCGCCGAGACGCAGCAGCCAGUCGGCCCCGACUUCGUUCCCAGCAAUGCAAAUAAAAGCCAUCACAUAAUGGAGUUCUUCGAGAUGUGCGCCUCGUUGAUAGCCCAACUGGCGCGAUAG